AAGUGUAGGGUUCGUACGGUUUUAUUUCGUGCUGAUGGAUGAAUUUUCAUUUUCCAAGAGAAAAAAGGGAAAGCCCAAUAGAGGUGGAGGUAAAUUUAACCGUGGACGAGGAAGAGGGAAGCCUAGUCGAGAUGAACAUCGUCACGAUAAACGUCAAAGUGAACCCGACAGUAAACGAAAAGAACACACGUCUGGUGGAAGAGGCAACUCGUCUGGUGGUAGAGGCUUCUCGUCUGGCGGUAGAGGCUACUCGGCAGGUGGUAGUGGACACACGUCUGGUGCAGUAGGAAAUCGAAAUUAUGGAAGUAGCAAAAUUUCUGGAAAUGAAGGUGUCAAGGAAGUCAAAGUUCAGAUGCAGAGACUACACAUGAGUGUAGAAAAUCAAGACAUGGUCAGAGACAUGCUGAAAAAUCUACAUGAAGAUGAAGAAGAAGAAGAAGAAUUUGUCAAUGAUAACAGUGAUGAAGACUAUGAAGAGGUACCAGAGUAUGAUGAACUAGAUGUAAGAUAUGAAGACCAAUAUUGGCUGACAGAUAACACAUUAUAUGUGGAAGAUACAAUACCCUUGGGUAUCAUGGGAGGUCAGACAGCAGCAGACUGUCCACAGAAAGAUAGUAUCAGUCCUUAUGCACUGAAUAAGUUAUUAAGGUAUGGUUAUGAAAGACAAAGUUGUAUAGAAGCUUUACAAGUAAAUGAUGGUGACCUGGGUGUAGCCUAUGAGUAUUUGUUUUCUCAAUGCUUUCUUGAAGAAAGAGAUGAUGAAGAGCAAAAUGACAUGACCAAAACUUUGACUGAAAAUGGAAUGACAUUUGAUGAAGUUAUUGAGCAAAGAAAUGAAGAAAUGACUGCUUUACAGUCGAUUUAUGAUGAAAAUUUUACUGAGAAAAUUCCCAACAAAAUAUGGACAUUAAAGUUUCAAUGCGAACUAUUAAGAGAUUUAAUUUUUAAACCGGAAAAAUCAGCAAACUCUGAUGUAACAUCAAGGAAAUCUGAGGAAAUUUGUAAAUUUCAUUUGAAAGGUGCUUGUAGGUUCGGUCAUAGAUGUAGAUAUACUCACGAUUUGGAAAACAAAAACAUACAGGAUGUUGAUGACAGACACUUAAAACAGGAAGUGGAUACAAACUUUGAACUGGAUCUUCGUUUCACAAAAGAUAAUCUUUACCCGUUAGAACCUCCAUAUAUUGGAUUCUCAGCUCUAGAUCCUAUGUUUCCACCUUAUAUAGCAUUAAAUAUUACAGAACAUAUGUACAAGGAGGCAAAGACAUAUUCUGAAUCUCAGUUACCAAUAGUCUUUGCCUUAGUAAGUUUGUUAGAAGAUGAAGUUUUAUUACAACAGCUUGUAGAUAAAAUGCCAUUAGAAUCUAGUCUUCCCCAAUGUACUAGUCCCUCCUGGAAACAGAAGGAAUCGACUGGACCCAAAUCACAAAUAGAAAAACAAUUACAUGAAACCUCUAAUGACCAGGACAGUGAUACUGAAAUAAGUGAAGAAGAUGUAAAUGCUAUUAUAAACACGAGCGAAUCAGAUGUGAAAGAAGAGCCUGAUUUCAAAGUUGAGAGGAAACGUACUUCCUCUAGAGAAACUGAAGAUUUUCAUAUAAAUCAAGCAGAAGUUCUAAAGCAAAACAAAAUACUCAAGGAAGAAUUUGUUAGAAAAAAGACAAUACCCAAAUACAAAUCAAUGAUGUCUCAAAGGAAAAAGUUACCUGUAUGGAACAAACAAGAUGAGUUAUUGUCAGCUAUUGAAGGACAUCAAGUAACAGUUAUAAGUGGUAUGACUGGAUGUGGUAAAACAACACAAGUACCACAGUUUAUCCUUGAUUCCUAUCUGAAUGGUAAAGGUUUACAUUUAUGUAAUAUGCUAUGUACACAACCCAGAAGAAUAUCAGCUAUGUCUGUGGCAGAGAGAGUGGCCCAAGAGAGGGCUGAGAAACUAGGCAGAAGUGUGGGAUAUCAAAUCAGAUUAGAGAAAGUACAGUCUAACAUGACCAGAUUAUUAUUUUGUACGACUGGUAUUGUAUUGAGGAGAUUAGAAGGAGAUCCAAAGUUAGAGGGAGUGUCACAUAUUAUCAUUGACGAAGUCCAUGAACGAUCACAGGAAAGUGAUUUUCUAAUUAUGUAUUUGCGAGAUGUUUUGUAUACUCGCCCUGACUUGAAAAUCAUUCUGAUGAGUGCCACGUUAAAUGCUGACCUAUUUUCAGCAUAUUUUAAUGGUUGUCCUGUCAUAGAUAUACCAGGUAGAACAUUUCCUGUUGAUCAGUAUUUUUUAGAGGAUGUCUUGGAUAUGACGAGAUUUGUAAUGGAAGAAAAGUCACCAUAUGCCAGACCUUUACAGAAAUCUAAUGCUGUGUUUAAGUAUGGCGCAGACUACGAUGAUGAGUUUGAAUUUAUAAAUAAUGAUCCUUCUAAGCCAGCUGCUGAACAUGUCAAAGAUGAAAAUCUCAGUGUUAAACAACUUAAAAUGAGAUUUCCAGAUUACAGUAAAACAGUCCUUAAAACUAUGUCUAUGAUGGAUGUGAAUAAGAUCAACUUUGACCUUGUCGUGUCCUUGCUAGAGUUUAUCGUAGAUGGAGAUCAUGAUUUUCCCAAUGGCUCGGUGUUAGUAUUUCUACAAGGAUUCUCAGACAUUCAAACAGUACUAGAUCUUCUCCACACAAGUCCUGUGUUUGGUCAGAGGAAUCAAAGAAAAUAUAAGAUUGUACCACUUCACUCUUCUUUGUCAAGUGAAGAUCAACAAUUGGUAUUCACAAAACCACCAGAAGGAGUUACAAAAAUUGUCAUAGCAACAAAUAUUGCAGAAACCUCUAUUACUAUAGAUGAUAUUGUUUUUGUCAUUGAUGUGGGGAAAAUGAAGGAAAAGAGGUAUGAUCCUUCCCGAGGCAUGGAGAGUCUUGAUACAGCAUGGGUAUCUAGAGCUAAUGCUAUACAAAGGAAAGGCAGAGCUGGACGUGUGAAACAUGGUCUUUGUUUUCAUCUAUUUACAAGUCAUAGAUAUCACAAUCACCUAAUUGAACAACCAAUACCAGAGAUACUGAGAGCACCCUUAGAACAGAUUGUACUGAGGAUUAAAAUGCUUGAUAUUUUCACAAAACAGUCACCAAAGGAAGUAUUAGAACAGUUACUAGAACCUCCAGAAGAAGAUUCUAUUCUAGCAGCAACUAAACGUUUGCAGGACCUUGGAGCUCUUGAUGAAAAAAAUGAGUUGACACCAUUGGGCUAUCAUCUAGGAUCUUUACCUGUAGAUGUAAGAAUAGGAAAAUUGAUGUUAUUUGGUGCCAUAUUCAGAUGUUUAGACCCUGCACUGACCAUUGCAGCAUCACUCAGUUUCAAAUCACCAUUUGUUUCACCAUUUGGUAAGAAAUUUGAAGCAACACAAAAGAAGCUGGAGUUUGCUGUAGGAAAUUCUGACCAUUUGACAAUGCUAAAUGGCUAUCAGGGCUGGCUUAGAGCAAAGCAAAUAGGUGGUAGAGAAGCUUACUUAUUUUGCCAAGAUAAUUUCCUCUCACAGAAAUCUUUGCAGAUGUUGGUUAGCUUGAAACAACAAUUUGUAGAACUGUUAUCAGAUAUAGGAUUUGUAAGAGAAGGAAUAACAUUCAGAGAUGUAGAAAGAGCUGCCAGACGUCAUGGUGGUGAUGGUGUUAUAGAACUCACAGGGGAAGAGGCUAACAUCAAUUUAAAAAAUCUGAAACUGGUAUCAGCUAUCCUGGUUGGAGCACUUUACCCUAAUGUUGUACAAGUCAUGACACCUCAGUCCAAAUUUAAUCAGAGUAGUGCAGGUGCUGUUUCUAAAUUUCCAAAACCAGAGGAGCUGAGAUUUAAGACUAAGUCUGAUGGCUUUAUACAUAUCCAUCCUUCAUCUGUCAACUUUCAAGUGAGGUACUAUGAGAGUCCUUACUUGGUAUAUCAUGAAAUGGUCAAGACAUCUAAGGUAUACAUCAGAGACAGUACUAUGGUUAAUGUGUAUCCACUGUUGUUAUUUGGAGGCGGAUUAUCAGUAGAUUUAGACAAGGGAAACUUUGUACUAUCUGUAGAUGAUGGGUGGAUUAAAUUUAUAGCCCAGUCACAUCAGAUUGCAGAACUUGUGAGACAAUUACGGACAGAGUUAGAUCAGUUAUUAACAGACAAAAUAAAGAAUCCACACAUGGAUUUGUGUACCUGUCCAAAAGGAAGUAAAAUCAUCGAUACUAUUGUAACUCUCAUUUCAACUCAGUGAUACAAUGUGCCUUACAGUCCUCAGGAAUAGGAUCCGAAAGAAUUGUCGAAACAUAUAAAACACAAUAUGAAUUGUUUGGUUUUGGAAUGAACUCUGAUUACUGGUGCUUAGUUAUGGAAAUAUCAUGAUAUAAGUAAUGCAUAAACUAUUGUUCACCUGCAUUAACUCAUUAAAACAACACAGAUAAUAAAGAAAGACCAUAAAAUUGAAAAUAGAAAUGGUGAAUGUGUCAAAGAGACAACUUCCCAACCAAAGAGCAGAAAACAGCAGAAGGCCACUAAUGGGUCUUCAAUACAGAGAGAAAAUCUGGCACCGGAGGUGUUCUUCAGUUGGCCCUAAAAACAAAAAUGUGUACAAGUUCAGUGAUAAUGGACGUCAUAGGCAAAAGGCUUCUGACUUGGGACAGGUGCCAAAAUGUGGCAGGGUUAAACAUGUUUAUUUGAGAUCUCAACCCUCCCCUACACCUCAAGCCAAUGUAGAAAAAAACCAAAUACACAGCAAUACACACAGUAAAACUCAGUUUAAAAGAAGUCUGAGUCAGAUGUUAGAAUUGGUAACAAAAGAAAAUAAACUAAAUGUCAAGGAUACAAAAAUUAACAAAUGACUACUAGUAGUUACUGCCUAGAUUAUUUUUAGUCUGAGAACCUUACAAAUUUGGAUUAUUAUUAAAAAAAGGCAGACAUUAUUGAACAUUUUCAGUGUUCAAUUAAAAGGACAGAAAACAAUUUUGCAAUUGCUGUACAUGUAUAUUCAAGCCUAGUCAUAAAAACCAGUUUUAUUUGUUAUGCUUUAUGAAAUUAAGACUACUUGUAGGGUACCAAUUUUUGUGAAUCCAUCCAACCACAUAAUUUAGUACAAAAUAAAAUACAUCAGUCCAAAAACCAUAACUCAAAAUAGAAUGUGAAUGAAAUGUAAUUUCACAAACCAUGAACAUAAAUACACGGAAAAGACCUCCAGCAAUAUGACAUAAAUUUAUGAAUUAAGGUAAAUGAUUUUAGGUGACUGGUUUUGGUAUGAAAUGUUUAAAAUGUUUUUUGGUUCAAAUUUAAAUUGGGUUUUCCCUUGAAUAUUGUUUAUAGGGUACUUACAUAUAAUUAUAUUAUGAAUAUUCAUUGGCAUUUUUUAAAAUAUAAAUUAUCAAUCCUUACUAUUUGAAGGAGAGCUAGCUACACGAGUCAGCUGUUAUAUUAUAUAUAUAAAAUUUUUGUCUGAUUGCAUAUAAGUGCUUUUUUUAUAUUUUCUGGCACUUUCCUUUAAAAUUUAUGAAGCUAUGACCUCUUGAGUAAACAUUAUUUGUAUUUUAAGGUCAAUUUUGUAUUUUUUUGCCAUAAUUUUUUAAUUGUUUUUGGCAUAAUUAACUUUAGCAAUCCACGAUCCGUAAAAUUUUCUAUUGAUGAAUUCUGAAUCAAAAUUAGAAUCUUAUGGUCACAACACAUUUGUUUAUACUUCAGAGUAUAUAUUACUUCUUCAUUACCAAUUUUGUGGUCCACUGAACAUAGAAAAUGAUAAUGGGAGUGGGGCAUCUAUGUUCUAUGGGCACCUUUUUGUUUGAUAUUUGACAUCAAGAGUCAGUGUAAUAAAUAAUCACUGUAAUGAUUAGUAAUAAAGUAUCAAAUGUCUUCCAUAAAUGAUAUAUACAUGUGUGUAAAUGAAACAUCCUACUUUACUGCUGCUUAGUUUAUGUUUGUUUUUUUAUGAUGUUUUUUAUGUAGUUGUAAAAAAGAAUUGUGAGAGGAUAUAUUUUUGCUUGUUUAUGUAUUGUUGCUUUAUUUUAAUUGUCACAAAAUUGGCAUUUUUAUGCUAUCUCCAAAAAUCUCAGUGGAUUCUAGAGACAGUAACCCAACAACACAAUAAACUACAAGAAAAAACAUGGACAUGUAAACACAAAAGUCAAACCAAACAUAUAGGUCUAAACUGCCCUGAGUGUAGGUCUUUCUGACUGUCAACAAAAAUUUAUUUCUGAUGGUAACUUUAAUUUGCCAUGACAUAAUCUGACUGUCAACAAAAAAAAAAAAUCUUCUUCAUAAUAGCUUGAAUUUGCCAUGACAUAAAUCUUUUACUAUAACUCAUAGACUACUUAGGAACAUUAAAAAAUAUAUCAAUUUUGACUUUUUCUUGGGUUGAGGUUUACCUUCAGAAUUUUUAGUUACAGAAACUCAUAUCAUCAAAAAUGUUCUAGUAAGUCAUAAACAAUUAAGUUUAACUUAGGAUACAUUUUCAUUGUAAGAUUUUUUUUUUUGUGUGAAAAGAUCCCUUGCAAUUACCUAGAACGAAAGGAAAGCAAUCAAGUUGAUUGUUUCAAAUGUUAUAUAUUUUUUAAAGUAAAAUUGAUAUGGCAGAAAGGGUUGACAAAAAGUUUGGGAAUACAUGUUUUAAAUUUAUAAAUAACUAGUAAAUGUCAUUUUAACACUGUGAUAUGUAAAAAAACAAAAUUUAUUUAUAAUGCUAUUGUUGACAAAUAAAAAUAGAAAUAUG